AUGUCCAGCUCGCUCACUGAGGAAGGAGACUCGUUGGCCACAAGUCAGGCCGAGCCCGUUUCCCUUGCUAAGCCCGUCGCAGACACCGAAAAGGCAGAGGCCAGCAAAGUCACGCAACAUGUUAUCGAAAUAGGUUGUUCGUAUAUCAGUAAUGAUACCGACUCUUCAUCCGGUCUAGAGCGCUGGAAUGGGUCAAGAGACAACACGGCUCGCUUCCUGGUCGUCAAUCUGGCCCUGUUCAUUAUGGGCAUGAACGAUGCCUGCUUAGGUGCACUUCUUCCAUAUAUUGAACCAUACUACAAUGUCAACUACACCCAGGUCUCAACUCUCUUUGUCGUCCCCUUCGUUGGCUACGUCGCCGCCGCCCUAUCCAACAACUGGAUUCACUUCAAGCUCGGCCAGCGAGGCGUGGCCUUCAUCGGGCCAAUUUGCCGCGUCGUGGGCUAUCUGCCCAUGGCGCUGCACCCUCCAUUCCCUGUGUUGCCCGUUGCCCUCCUCGUCGCCGGUUAUGGUAAUGGCAUAGAGGACAGCGGCUACAACGCCUGGGUGGGCAACAUGCACCAAGCCAAUGAGCUUCUUGGUCUGAUUCACGGCGCCUACGGUCUCGGUGCUACCAUCAGCCCCCUCAUCGCAUCUGCCAUGGUGACCAAGGGACACCUUCAAUGGUACACGUUCUACUACGUCAUGAUAGGUAUGGUUGGCUGUGAAUUUGCUCUUGGUAUGCGGGCUUUUUGGUCCCAUGACGGUGCGUCCUAUCGUAGACGACUAGCAUACGAUAACGAGGGGAAGGAGCGCAUCACCACACGUCAUGUCCUCAAACAGCCGCUCACCUGGGUCGUGGCCGUUUUCCUGCUCGGUUACGUUGGCGUUGAAGUCAGUCUCGGUGGCUGGAUCCCGACAUUUAUGAUCAAAGUCCGCCAUGCCGAACCAUUUCUAGCUGGCCUGUCAGUAACCCUAUUUUGGCUGGGCCUGACACUUGGCCGUGUCAUCCUGGGUUUCGUCACUGGCCGUGUUGGCGAGAAGCUUGCCAUCACUGUGUAUAUCCUCCUCAGCAUCGCCUUACAGUUGCUGUACUGGCUUGUACCAAAUUUUGCCGCGUCACUUGUCUUCAUCGUUCUUCUAGGCUUCUUUCUCGGCCCUCUCUUUCCCGCGGCCAUUGUGACCGCCACCAAGCUGCUUCCACCCGAGUACCAUGUUAGUGCAAUCGGGUUUGCAGGCGGCUUCGGCGGAGGCGGGGCCGCCAUCAUUCCAUUUGGCGUUGGUGCCAUUGCUCAGAGCAAAGGUGUUUCUGUGCUACAGCCCAUCGUUUUGGCUUUUCUCAUCUUCGAUCUUAUUGGGUGGCUGAUCAUGCCCGGAGGCUUUAAGAAAGGUGGAUUGAGGAAAGCACGCGAGGAAAAGACACCUGUUGGAGGCGAUUUUGUGCAGGCCGGCAGAUGGGUAGCAGCAAAGGCUGGGAUGCAGCCGGCUUCGAGACGCUCGACAACGAGCGCGGCCCAAAUCGUAGCUCUCGCACCGCUCAAGCCUGACCUCUGCGAACGUGCCUGGCAGACAGUUGCGCACCCGACGCUUCCUCUCAUCGCCACCGUCCACGGCAAGGGUGUGACUGUCUUCUCGCUAGCGACGCUCUUCUCUCACAGCAGCCUCAUCGGCGGGCACACGCGGUCCGUCCGCUCCGUGGCCUGGAAGCCCAACCUAGCCCCGCAUAAGCUCUGCCUGGUCUCAGGCAGCUUCGACUCCACGGCUGGUGUCUGGCGUUGGGACGGCGACCAAGCCGGCGACAGCGAAGCGGCGCUCGAGCGGGAGGUCACUUCUGCGCACACCCGACACGGCAACGACGACGGCAACGACAACAAUAGUCAAAACGCAGACUCGGGCGAAGACAAGGAAUGGGAGUUUACUCUCGUCCUCGAGGGUCACGACUCCGAGAUCAAGUCGUGCGCUUUUUCGCCAUCGGGCGCGCACUUGGCCACAUGCUCGCGUGACAAGUCCGUCUGGAUCUGGGAAGACAUUGGCGCUUCGGAGGAGGAUGACGAGUGGGAGACGAUCGCGGUUCUAAACGAGCACGAGGGCGACGUCAAAGCCGUGUCGUGGUGCCCCGACGUGCCGGGCCGUAACGCUCGCCGGCGGUACAGCCCGGACGUGCUGGCCAGCGCCAGCUACGACAACACGGCGCGCAUCUGGCGCGAGGACAACGAUGGCGAGUGGGUGUGCGUUGCCGUGCUCGAGGGCCACGAGCAGACUGUCUGGGGCGUCCAGUGGGAGUCGCGCCCACGCCCCGGCGACAAAUUCCCGCGCCUGCUGUCGUUUUCGGCCGACGCCACCAUACGCAUCUGGACGCUCAAGGAAGACGAAGAAUGCGACGGCGGCGAGCAGGGCGGACGCAGCGCCCUCGGCGGGAUCCCCAACACGAUGCGCCGAUCGCUGCGCGAGGAGUGGGUAUGCACCGCUGUCCUGCCAGCUACGCACCACCGCGAUAUUUACGCCGCUGCGUGGAGUGCGCAGACAGGCGUUGUGGCCAGCACAGGCAGCGAUGGCAAGAUUGUGAUGUACAGGGAAGAGUUUGAGGCAGAGGCUGCUACAACAACGGUGGCGGCAGGGCCCGACUCCGAUCAACCCAUGACGGACGGGACAGAGGAGCAGUCACUAGCUUUGCAACAACCUCCAUCAACGCUUCAUGGCUCAGCGAGGUGGAGCAUAAUUGGCACGAAGGAAAAUGCCCAUGGGCCGUACGAAGUCAAUCACAUCAUGUGGUGUAAGCGAUACGACGGCGGUGCAAGUGCGAGAGGCGAGGAGGAAAUGCUCAUCACAACAGGUGAUAAUGGCAUUGUCCAACCAUGGGGGGUAAUUUUAAACCAGGAGUAA